AUGUUCAGUAGCUCAAAUAAAGAACCAUUUCAAACUCGCUUUAUGAUGAAUAAUAGCUCUCAUAAAGUAGAUAGGGUUCCUCAAAAGUUUUCUUAUUUAUUGGAGUUGUCGGCUUCGAAUGAUCUAAUUGGCUUCAGAAAUGCUAUCGAGAGAGAAGGUCGUGAUAUCGAUGAGCGAAGCUUCUGGUAUGGAAGGAGAAUGGGUUCAAGGAAGAUGGGGUUUGAAGAAAGAACACCCAUUUUGAUUGCUUCCUUGUUUGGGAGCAAAGAUGUGGUCAAUUAUAUUAUUGGAAGUGGUAGUGUUGAUGUUAAUAGGGCUAGUGGUUCCGAUGGUGCCACUUCUCUCCACUGUGCUGUUGUUGGUGGAUCCUACAAUUCAACUGAGGUUGUAAGAACCUUGCUCAAUGCGUCAGCUGAUACCAAUGCUCUCGAUGCGAAUGGAAAUCGACCUAGUGAUUUGAUUGCUCCGGCUUAUAAUUUAAGUUUUAGCUCGAGGAAGAAGAUAUUGGAGUCUUUGUUGGAAGGAAGUGGCAAUGUUAGUGAAAUAUAUGGUUUGCCUGCUAAAAUAGAAGCUUGUAAUUCAACGCGUCGGGUUUUGAAAGAUGGAGUUGAGAAGAAAGAGUAUCUCAUUGAUGUUACUCUUCCAAACAUUAAGAAUGGGAUGUACGAGACAGAUGAGUUUAGAAUGUAUAAUUUUAAGGUAACACUUUGCUCUAGGGCUUACUCUCAUGACUGGACUGAGUGCCCUUUCGUUCAUCCUGGGGAAAAUGCAAGGAGACGUGAUCCUAGAAAAUAUCAGUACAGUUGUGUUCCUUGCCCUGAAUUUCGUAAGGGAUCUUGCAAGCAGAGAGAUAAUUGUGAGUAUGCACACGGUAUUUUCGAGUGUUGGCUUCAUCCUGCCCAAUAUCGAACUCGUUUAUGCAAAGACGAGACUAAUUGCAAUAGAAGGGUUUGUUUCUUUGCUCACAAGCCUGAAGAGCUUCGUCCUGUGUAUGCUUCAACAGGGUCAGCAGUGCCUUCCCCACGAUCUUAUUCAGCAGCUGGUUCUGUUUUAGACAUGGGCUCAAUAAGCACACAUGCCCUUGGCUCUCCAUCUGUUAUGAUUCCUCCAACAUCAACACCGCCCUUGACCCCUACCGGAACAUCUUCUUCUACGACUGAAAUGACAUGGCCAAACCAGUCUAACAUCAUUCCAACCUUGCAGCUUCAUGGUAGUAAGCUAAAAGCUGCACGAUGUGCUCGAAAUUUGGAAUUAAACAUAGAACAACUUGGGCGGGAAAGUCAUCUGCGCCGCCAAAAACAACAACUAAUGGAUGAGAUACCUGGUCUUUCUUCCCCAACCAACUGGAACAACCCCUUGUCCACUACUUCAGCCUUUUCUGCUUCUACAGACCAAACUAGCGAAUUAAAUAGGUUUAGAAGGAUGAAGCCUCUGGAUCUUACUAGUUUGUCACAAUUACAAGGAAUCUCACUUGAUGCUUCGCCUCAUCAACUGCAGUCUCCCACUGGAGUUCAAAUGCCUCAGAAUUUCAACGAGCAACUCCAUGCUAGCUACCCAACCAGCCUAGCAUCCCCUCCUAUGAGUGCAUCUCAAUCCUUUAGGGUUGACCCAUCUAGGCCAACUGCAACUACAGUUUUGAGUCCAAGGCCAAUUGCCUUUGCAAAUUGGAGCCAGGGCUUUAUGGAGCAUACUACGGUAAAUCAUCAUUUAGGGUUUUCUUCACCAUCUUCUUCCGCAAGUGCAAUGCCUAGUAAAUUUUCAAAUUCGAGUUUGCUUGAUGGAAAAUUAGAGUGGGGUGUACAGGGGGAUGAGCUAAAUAAACUAAAGAAACCUUCUUUGGCGUUUCAAAGUAGUGACACCAAUUUUGGAAAUCCAUCACAGUCAAUGUCACCAACUUCGAAUGAGCCAAAUGUGUCUUGGGUCCAGUCUUUAGUGAAGGACACCUCUUCAGAGCAGCUAAGUUUCGAGGACGAGCAGCAACAACAAUAUCAAGUUAACACCAGGGAUUUAGCGAUGUUCCCUACUUGGGUGGAGCAAUCGUAUAUGGAGCAAGAGCAGAUGAUGGCCUAG